AUGGAUGUCGAGAUAGCUGGGAACAACUUAAAGAACGAUGGGAUUCCAAUAGCUAGGAGAAUGAGAUCCCUGUUUUAUCUACGGAACAUACUGGCUCCUGAGUCUGUAAAUGCCAUUGUAGGAGCAUUUGGGUCUAAGUCCAUUCUUUUGAAGCAUGAGGCAGCAUAUGUUCUUGGACAGAUGUGCAUGGAGGAGUCUGUUCAUGUGCUUCUGAGUAUUCUAUCUGAUGAGAAUGAAGAUGAGAUUGUUAGGCAUGAGGCUGGGGAAGCUUUAGGGAACUUUAAGCCCACCAAGGAAAUAGUUGAGGGAUUGAAGAAGUAUGCCAAUCAUCCUCUGAAGCCUAUUUCUGAAACCUGCUAUUUGGCAUUGAUGAAGCUGAGGAAUGGAGUGAACGAUGUAUCGAAAUUUGGGUCGAGAGAUCCGGCACCUCCAAUGGAAGGAGAUUUUGAAGAGGCAAGAAGGAUUUUACUAGAUAGCAGCGAAUGUCUAUAUAGAAGAUACCAAGCAAUGUUUUAUCUGAGAGAUUUGGAAACAUCCGAUGCCAUACAUGCUCUUGGGAAAGCCAUGGAGGACGAAUCCUCGCUAUUCAAGCAUGAAAUAUCGUUUGUGUUUGGACAGAUGAGGUCUAUAGAGUCUAUUCCAUACCUUAUUAAGGGAAUGGAGGAUGUAAAGGAGCACGGGAUGGUUAGACAUGAAUGUGCAGAGGCAUUGGGUGCUAUUGGUAAUGAUAAGUCCCUGGAAGCAUUGGUUAAAUAUCUUUAUGACCCUUGCGACAUCCUAAGAGAGAGUGUGGAAGUGGCUGGGGGCAUUCACAAUUAUAUGACUGGAUGCGAGAUAGAAUACUGCAAUGUGAAGUGA